AUGUUUAUUCAUCUUCUUUCAUUAAAAUUCUUCUUUCUUGGUUUUAUUCAAAGUCAUACACUUUCAAACUUGUUCCUUUUUCUUUCACUUGUCCUUCUUCUCUUAUCAACGUUCUCGUUCCUUUUUACUUAUCUUCAUUCUCCUUAUUUGCAUUUUCCUUCUUUCUUCACUAUUAAAUGCUAUCUCCCCUCUAUCUCUGUCUCUCUCUCUCUCUUUCUCUCUCUGUCUCUGUCUCUCUCUGUAUCUCUCUGUCUCUCUCUCUCUCUUUCUUUCUAUUGCUCGCUCGUACCCUUAAUCGAUGCUGUUAAACAAAAACUGCUUUUAAUGAUCUCUUUCUUUCUUUCUUUCUUUCUUUCUUUCUUUUUUUCUUUCUUUUUUUUUAGUUUUAUUCCUAUCCUGUGUUCUCUCUUAAAUACUCCCUACUCCAAACUCCUUACUUUUCAAUCCCAACUCGUCCCAACCCGUUGUGUCUUCGACCAUUGUACCGUAUCUUUUCUCCUACCCAGUCCUAAUAUAUGCGUACCGAUCAUUCCCGACACACACCGCAACCUGCAAACCUCAUUUCAAGCAUAUCCUUCUUUUUUGGUUUUAAGUCUCAUCUCUUACUUUUCUUUCUUUCUUUCUGUCUUUCUUUCUUUCUGUUUAACGCUUUCAGCCUUACGCCCGCCAGGCCUACCGACUUGUUCAUUCGUCGGGCUGUCAGAGCGCUCGUUCGUUCGCUCGUCGGCCGCACUGUUUGGCUAUUCUGACGUUUUUCACACACCCCCACUCCUGUUCACCCCAGCACAAUGA